CCCCGCUGAGGUCUCGCCCCUGUGCUGUCUCCAUCUGUGCCCUCUAACUACAUCAGCUUCCUGCAUCCACCCGCUGGUUACUUCUACUGUACGACCAACAAUCCGACAUCAUGACUCACGCGUAUCCCUUCCUGAGCACUGAGCAGAAGAAGGAGCUCAGUGAUAUCGCUCAGAGGAUCGUAGCUGCUGGAAAAGGCAUCCUGGCAGCUGAUGAAUCCACAGGCAGCAUGGCCAAGCGCUUCCAGGGCAUAAACGCUGAGAACACGGAGGAGAACAGGAGGCUUUACCGCCAGCUCCUCUUCACCGCCGACGAUCGGGUCAACCCCUGCAUCGGCGGCGUCAUCUUCUUCCACGAGACGCUCUAUCAGAAGACCGACGGUGGCAAGCUCUUCCCCCAGCUGGUCAAAGAGAAGGGCAUGGUGGUGGGCAUCAAGGUGGACAAGGGUGUGGUUCCCCUCGCAGGCACCAGCGGAGAGACCACCACUCAAGGUCUGGACGGGCUCUACGAUCGCUGUGCUCAGUACAAGAAGGACGGUGCUGACUUUGCCAAGUGGCGAUGUGUGUUGAAGAUUACCUCCACCACCCCGUCCCAGCUGGCCAUCAUGGAGAACGCCAACGUGCUGGCCCGCUACGCCAGCAUCUGCCAGAUGCAUGGCAUCGUGCCCAUUGUGGAGCCUGAGAUUCUUCCAGACGGUGACCACGACCUGCAGCGCUGCCAGUAUGUGACUGAGAAGGUGUUGGCAGCUGUCUACAAAGCACUGUCUGACCACCACGUCUAUCUGGAGGGCACCCUGCUCAAACCCAACAUGGUGACUGCCGGGCACUCCUGCCCCAAGAAGUACGGUCCUCAAGAGAUCGCCAUGGCAACUGUCACCGCCCUGCGCCGCACCGUGCCCCCCGCAGUGCCAGGUGUGACCUUCCUGUCAGGCGGUCAGAGCGAGGCGGAGGCCACCCUCAACCUGAACGCCAUCAACCAGUGCGCUCUGCACAGGCCCUGGGCCCUCACCUUCUCUUACGGCCGGGCCCUGCAGGCCUCCGCACUGAAGGCCUGGGGAGGCAAGAAGGAGAAUGGCAAGGCCUGCCAGGAGGAGUACAUUAAGAGAGCCCUGAAUAACAGCAAGGCAGCUCUGGGGAAGUACGUGUCCUCUGGAGAGCAGGGAGCAGCUGGGGAGUCUCUGUUUGUGGCCGACCACGCCUACUGAAGCCCCCAUUCAUUCCACUCUUUUUUACCACAUACUCAGUCACGCAGAUAAACCAAUCAUUAAGUAUCAUUCCAUUAGUGAUGAGAGCCCGAUGAGUUCCUGAUAGAAAACAAUUAGAAUUUGAAAAAGAUGACUUUAAUACCCCUAAGCCCAGUAAAGCUACUCUAGCUCUAUCCUCCCUUUAAGUUUGACUUUGCCCUUGUAAAGUCAGUGUUGGGCCCCAAUCCUGAUCUCCACACUCACAGACUUUGAGGUGCGUUCCAAUCAGGUCUGUGAGGGUUUAAGGCUGCCAGUGUUUUUUUAUCUGCAUCCCUGCUUACCAGGCGGAACUAUAUUCACUCAUAGAAUUUGCUCAGAUGUAACUACACAAAACAGCUUACAAUUUAUCACAAAGUCUUUCAUUUUGCUGAUGAGCUCCCUAUAAAGUCCUUUACAUUGACCUCCCUGAAUAGUGAGUAAGGAACAGUGAAUGAGUUCAGUUAAUUCUUCAACCAAUUCUUUUAAUUUUGCUUAAUCAUGACAUUU